AUUAAUGAAGUAAAAUCAUUUCAGAUAACAGAAAUACAAAAUGUCGACCACUUCGUUGAAACACAGAAACUUUGUCGCUGAACCUAUGGGGGAAAAGCCUGUAACAGAUUUAGCUGGAAUAGGAGAUGUUCUGGGCAAACGAUUAGAAGCCAAGGGGUUUGAUAAAGGAUAUGUGGUUCUAGGACAGUUCCUCCUACUCAAGAAAAAUAAGGAUCUGUUUGUCGAAUGGCUGAAAGAUUUAGCUGGGGCAAACACUAAGCAGGCUACGGAUUGCUACCAGUGCUUAUCCGACUGGUGCGAUGAAUUUGUUUGAAUUCAGGAUUCCUCAUUCAGAUAUUUUAAUAUAUUUAGAUUUGUAUCAACUCGUUUAAUCCAUUAAAACUAAUGAUUUUGUUACUUGUAUUUUUAGAUAAAUAAUUAAAAUUGUUUGAAAAUGAAA